GGAACUAGAGGUUGGAAGGGUUAGGUCUUGAGAGCGUAACAGGCGCCGUAAUUGUAUCAUGCGCUCCGAAGGCUUCUUCAAAAAAGAGGAUAUUCUUGAAUGCGUAAAUAGAAAGGCAGAUGACAAGAAACUGCGGCACUUUUCAAUCAGUCGAUAUGGGUUAGUAGAUGAUGAUGUUAGAAAAAUUGUAUGGCCAAUCUUAGUGAGAGGAAAUUGCGAACUACCAGAUAUAGAUCCUGAAACGGUAAAGCACCAUCCAAGCUAUCGUCAAGUUGAAUUGGACACAUGUCGUAUGACAAGUUUAAUGCCUAAGAAUUUAAAUCCUGAAGAAAUCGAAAGUAUACAACGAAUUGUUACUCGUCUAGUGAUAUCUGUAUUAGUGGAUAAUCCUUCUUUACAUUAUUAUCAGGGUUUUCAUGAUAUUUGUUAUGUGUUCUUUUCGGUUUUGGGUGAAAAAGAAUCUCGAAUGUUGCUAAAUAAAUUGAUCCCUACUCAUUUCAGUUUAUUCAUGCAGAAAUCUAUGGAUGUAACUCUAGAAUACAUGCAAUUGAUAUUCGCUUUGUUAGAACAUGUUUCAACUUCUGUACUGAAUAGUAUAGAAUCUGUUGAUUUAGGCCCAGAUUUCGCUAUUGCUUGGAUUAUCACUUGGUUUGCGCAUGUUCUACCUAAUAUGGAUGAUGUUAGACGCCUGUUCGAUUUAUUUUUAGCAACAGAUCCCAUCAUGUUGGUUUAUGUUUCAGUUGCUGUGAGUUUGUAUUAUUUAAAAAAAAAAAGGGAUUUCGUAAAAGAUUUCACUACUUUAAUGUAAUAGGAUAUUAAAAGGGCGAAUAAUAUAAAGUCGAUUCAUCUUUUUCCAGAAUUUUCUUUAUGGUUUCUAUUCUGGACAGUUACCUCAUACUACCUUAUGACCUUUUGUUAUAAUUUCUCUUAUUACGACCCAGCUAUUCCUAUUGUUUAGUAAUCUUGGACACCAAUUCAUUCGACAAGUUCCCAAAUCAGAACACUGUCGAACAGGAAGAAAUUAUAUUCCAAAUAACGAGGGUAGAUGGAAGUAAGAAGUACAAUAAGAAAAACAUAAUUACUAUCAGUGCCAAAGAAGUGGAAUCAACACCGUUGGAUUUCGCUCUUUUGUAUCAAACACUUGCACGUCUACCUAAACUACAUCCUGUCGAGGAGCUUAUCCGUGAAGCUUUAAAAAUCUACAUUGAUUUAGAACCAGACAAAUUGAUUGAAUUAGGCAAUAAACGUAUUCUAAAAUAUCGUGAACAAAAAUUACUAAACCGAUCACCAGUAAUACGUCAACCAUUUUCAAAAUCUACAAAUAAACAUAUAUUAUGGGGAUUAGUUACACAACAUCAAAGAACUAUUCUUUCUCUUAGUUUUAUCGUCAUUGUCAUUAGUUAUUUAUUAAAUAAAAGUUUAAAAGACUAGAAAAAAAUAAUGUAAAAAGACCUAAUUAUCAUUGUUCAUAGUUACGUAAUAGAAUUGAUUAUUUUUCAAGUUAUUUUGUCAAUACUUUAUUCAACUUGUUAUUAUUUCUUGAGAAUGUGUUCAACAUAAGCUGAUGUAUGAAGUAUGUUCACCUCGUUCAUUUCAGAAACCUUUCUUCCCUUCUUUUUCAUCUUGUUUUAUGUUUUUUAUUAUUAUGAAUAUUCUAUGUUUAUAUGCUAUUGUUGGUGAAUUGUAAGGGGAAUAAGGAAUCUGUUCGUUUUUCUCCUUAGGAAACUUUAUGAUGAUAAUAAUUUCAUUAUUUAUUUUUAUUAUGAUUGUUUUGUUUCUUUUUGAUAAAUAAAUUUAUGGGACG